GCCUCCUAGGAGGCUGAGUCGGACGGCGCGGCCCCUGUGUGCCCCUGCCCCUGGGUGCCCGUACCCCUGGGUGCUAUGGCGUGUGUGGAGCGCUGCCGCUGCUGCGCGGAUAGCAGGCGGCACAGCAGCAUCCUCUACAACAUUCUCCGGAGCGAAGAGCGGGCUGCGUGGCCAACGGGGCAGGGGCCGAGGCGCGGGCAGGCGUCCCGCGGCUGUCCCUGCGGGUCUCGGCGGCGGGUGGCUUUGAGGAGCCCGCAGGUGGCCUGCAAAGCGGCCUCGGCCGUGCUGGUGAAGACGCUGCGCUUCGUCCAGAACGUGCCCUGCUUCCAGGAGCUGCCCCUGGAGGAGCAGCUCUUGCUAGUCCGCAGCUGCUGGGCUCCCCUUCUGGUGCUGGGGCUGGCGCAGGACCGGGUGCACUUCGAGACGGUGGAGAGCGCGGAGCCCAGCAUGCUGCAGAGGAUCCUCACCACCCGGCGGCACAGCGAGCAGCCCUCUCCGCGGGGACCGGAGCCCGGCCGGCAGCACCACGACGGCCUCGGCGGCGGAGACCCGCACCUGCCCUUGGCCAGCGAGAUUCAGGCUAUUAAGGGCUUCCUGGCCAAGUGCUGGAGCCUGGAUAUCAGCACCAAAGAGUACGCUUACCUUAAGGGAACGGUGCUCUUCAACCCGGAUCUACCUGGCCUGCAGUGUACACAGUACAUUGAAGGACUGCAGAGGGAAGCACAACAGGCUCUAAAUGAACAUGUCAGACUCAUUCACAGAGGUGAUGAAGCCAGAUUUGCCAAGCUGACUGUUGUUUUAUCUUUGUUAAGAUCUAUUAAUGCUAAUGUGAUUGCUGAAUUAUUCUUUAGGCCCAUCAUUGGAGCAGUGAACAUGGAUGACAUGCUUUUGGAAAUGCUUUGUGCAAAAUUAUAAUGGCUUGUAAAUAAUGAAAAUAAGUCUAAUGCAAAGAAGAGCUCUAGAAAUAGUGUAAAGUACUGUAAAUAAACUAACUUAUUGUUUUU